AUGCUAUGGAACCGGCUUGCUCAGCCGCUGACAUGCUUUACCCGACAAGCCUGGCCAAGACCUCUUAAGUCUAAUGGAGGUCUUGUUCAGAGCACAUUUAAACGCUUUAAUUCUUCUGACCCAAAAAAUAUGGGCCAGUACACUCCUGAUCCUACUGAUCAGAAUGACGCGGAAGAUGGCAAGGGUCAGGGUCGCAAGAGCGAUGAUCCAAAUCUGAAAUCCACCAUUCUGAAGAUGCUGGAAACAGGUGCAACUACGGCAGCAUCCAUCUUCAUUCUAGGAGCGGCCGGCUACGGGUACCACCAGUACUACAAGUACCUGAUUUUGGAUAAGAUGGACAACGCAUUCAAUCCAGGUGACCCGGCUCUUGAAGUUGCCGGUGUGGUGUCCGGAAAGCAUCAGUACGCCUAUGAGGAGCACUGGAUUCCUCGGGACGAGCAAAUGCGGAUCGAUGACAUUGUUUCCGGACGACGUGGCGGUCACUAUUAUCUCAUUGUCGGUGAGAAGGGCACUGGAAAGACCUCUAUGCUCCUAGAAGCGAUGCGCAAAAUCAAUGGCCUUGGUUGUGCCAUGUUUGAGGCUCAUGCAGAUCUUGAGAUCUUCCGCAUUCGACUUGGAAAGGCCCUGGACUACGAGUUCCAUGAGGACUACAUUGGAAGCCUUUUCAGUAUUCGUGGCCCGCGUGAUACAACAGCCCUGCUGGACAUCGAGCGAGCCUUCAACAAACUUGAGAAGGUUGCUUUGGCCAGAAGAAAGAAUGGCACGCCACCGCUCAUCCUCAUUGUUAACAGUGCUCACCUGGUUCGGGACGAUCACGAUGGCCAGGAUCUUCUGGAGAUGAUCCAGCAACGGGCCGAGCAAUGGGCUGCAAGCGGCCUUGUCACCACUAUCCUCAACAGCGACGAUUACUGGGUAUACGAGCGCCUGAAGCGUUAUGCGACGCGUAUGGAAGUCAUCCCAGUCACCGAUCUGCCCAAGGACAAGGCGAUGGAUGCAUUGAAGAAAUACCGCAAGCAAUUCUACAAUGAGGAUCUGCCAUCGAAGAUUCUUGAGGAAGUCUAUGACAAAGUGGGCGGGCGACUGUCUUUCCUGAACCGAGUUGCAAAGUCUCACAACAUCACAUCCACCUGUGACGAGAUCUGCCGAGCCGAGAAAACAUGGUUCCUCAACAAGUGCUGGAUUCUCGGUAUGGAGAUGGAUGACGAUGUGAUGGACGAGCAGAAGUAUUCGUCUGCUGCCAUGGUCCUGGCCAAGGCCCUGGUCGACCGUGAAGGAAAGAUGGAAGAGAUCUAUCACCCAGAGAGAGGUCAUAUCCUGCCAUCGAUCCCGCUUCAUGAGGCGCGCGAGAUCAUGACUCGUGCCGACUUUGUCCAGUCCUACGAUCACGAUAACAUCUUCACCAUCGACUCGCGAGCUAUGGUGCGCGCCGAUUCCGUUCCCAUGCAGCGCGCCUUCCGAGAGAUUUGUGCCCGUGAAGGAUUUGAUGACCACCUGGAGGGUACCCUGACUCGUAUUGGAGACAUUGAGAGUCUCGGCCGCACACGCGAGCUGACCAUCAAGGACCUCUGGAAUCAGGGCAAGUACCGCAUCGUCGUGCGAGAUACCAAGGGACGCGAGAGCGGAACGGUGGAAUUCGCUGUUGCAGAGAGCGAGAACGAGAGCGAGGAUGAUUGA